GCAGCGUCUGUCGUCACUUCACGGCGGAGCGUGGUGCUGGAGGUCAGGGGCAUGAUGAGAAGACGAGCUCGGUGAUUUGGAAAAGGAGGAAAAGAAACGGUGUCUUCACUUAGACAGUCUACUCAGGAUUCAUCAACACUCACCGCGAGGACACACUCGGCUGGUGACGGUGGACCCCGCAGCUCGUCGUCCAUCGCUUCGUCCUGAAUUGCGACAUAGCUAACGUUAGCUAGCUGGCUAAGGCAGACAGCCCCCCCUCCCUGCUGCUGCCUCCAGGCUUCUCCAGGUGACCCCCUCCGGAGCGUCGCAUUUCUUCCCUUUCAACCAUGGACAACAACUCGCAAGGAUCGGGGGGAAUCAAAGGAGGCCUCGGGGGUUUCUUCGGUGGCGGUGCGCCCGAGUACUCCAACACAGAGCUCGCCGGUGUCCCGUUGACCGGGAUGAGUCCUCUGUCCCCGUACCUCAACGUCGACCCUCGGUACCUGAUACAGGACACAGAUGAGUUCAUUCUGCCAACAGGCGCCAAUAAAACAAGAGGGAGGUUUGAACUGGCUUUCUUCACUAUUGGAGGCUCCUGCAUGACUGGCGCAGCAUUCGGAGCUGUCAACGGUCUCAGGAUGGGCCUGACAGAGACCAGAGACAUGGCGUGGUCCAAGCCUCGUAACGUACAGAUCAUCAACAUGGUGACCAGGCAGGGUGCAUCUUGGGCCAACACAUUGGGCUCUGUUGCAUUGCUGUACAGUGCUUUUGGUGUGGCCAUAGCGAAAGCCAGAGGAGCGGAAGAUGACAUCAACACAGUGGCUGCUGGGACGUUAAGUGGGAUGCUUUUUAAAUCAGGAAGUGGAUUGAAGGGUGUGGCCCGUGGCGGUCUUGCAGGUUUAGCCUUGUCCGGUGCCUACGCUCUCUACAACAACUGGGACCACAUCACUGGCUCAACCUCGUCCUCCCGGCUCUACUAACCUUUCUCUCUCUCACACACACACACACACACACACACACACACACACACACCUGCUUCGACCUUCGGGCCGAACAUCUCUCCAGGACACGGCCUUUAACCACAGCGCUAAGAUGAAGUAGACUCUGGUCAAAUGCAGUGUGCUUUCCAGCCAAGUGUGAGGUGGCCCGAGUUUCACUGGUUUCCACAUAUAUGCCACUUAUACUUUUCCAGGAGCAUUCUGGGAAUUAAAAAAAAAAGUGUCUGAAAAAGAAGUUCUGAAAAUGUGGACUACAUUCCGCCGAAGAUCCAGAUGUAGACCGCCCACUAACACCUCCCCCUUCAUCUGUCUAUAAUCCUCUGGGGUUUUCCUGUCACUGAUCUGAUCGGUGACGAGAACAACCCUGCGAGGGCGUUACAUCGAGGUGUGUCCCUCGUUAUAUCAUCGUGCACGGGAGACUGUUUUGAAUUCUGUGAACCCAUGACAUGUGGGUUGAAUGAGCCAAUAUUGAUUGAGUUAAAGAUGAAUUGUGACAUCUGGUGUUUGGUUUCACCGGAUGAAUGUCAGCGGAUUCAUGGACUGAACGAAUCUUAUGUUGUAGAAGAGCAAAGCUUUUCAACCAAGAUGUUCAAACACAGAAUGACACUCACGGUCAGUUCUACUACUCCGGUAUUUAUUGUAAAAUAUCCGUACUGUGCAAGAAGAAAUAAAUCACUGUACUGGAAGUGUCUACUGUUAAUGUCGCCCACUAUGUUUAAAUCAAAUAAUAAAAAAAUGUACAUUCUCAAAAA